UCCCACAAGCCCUAGUCUCCACAUUGCUUGUGUGAACCAGGCUGACGGGAACUAUUGGACAUAUAAACAUGGCCGUGAAUAACGGGAACAUCUACCCGACAGCAGGCUUGGAGAUGCCUUUCCCGUACUUUCCUCCUCCGUUGAAUUUUCCAGGUGCUCCAUCCCACGGUGCAAAGCCUCCGCCCCUAACGGUAGUCUCAGCUGGCGGUAGUAAAACGACACGAACCACAGCGACAGUGACCCCACUCAAUCAGUCUGCAAGCACCGUCACGGUUACCAGUGCGAAUAGUACCAACCAUGCCAUGGCAGCCACCAGGACGUCUAGCUUUGCUGCUGCAUUGCGAAAACUGGCCAAACAUGCUAACGACAAUGGUCCAGAGGAGCACUCCCCAAGGGUGUCACCGGUCAGUAUGAAUCGAAGCACUGCGUCCACCCCAUCCACAAAGAACUUUCACUUUGGCCCUUCCCCGCUGGUGGUACCCACCAGUACGCCACCAGUGGUCACCAUCGCACCAACACACUCCAACAACUCUAGUGUUAUGUCAGAGCAAAGAAGGCUGUCCCAGGACAUGGAUAGACAUGGACAUCACAACUCAUCUGAACAACACAACAGCAGCAGGCACUCCGCUGAGGCCGGAACCGGUCCCAACUCAAUAUGGAGAUCAAAGGGCAGUCCGGGAGCGGGACCAAGAAGGUUGGACUUACCUGUUCCUCACAUCCUCAAACCAGAGGAGAGUGUUCCAGUCCGAGGAUUCCAACCUUACCGCUCGGGCGAGACCGAGAUGACUCCCCGCCCCCCUGCACCGGCUCCUCCUCCACCCCCUCCUCCGUCCCACUUGACCUAUGACCCAGCCAUGAUGGCCGCUCUUUCACCGUAUCCAUUCCAUCAAGCCUUCAUUGGACCCCCUCACAUGCAGUACCAUGGUUUCAGGCCGGAAGACUCUUACGAGCGAUACAGCAGUUACCCCGGUCUGCGCCCACCCCCGUUCAUUCCUUUCUCGUCGCCCCCUAGUCACCUAUUCCCCCAUCCAGCGAUGAACCCUUUAGCAUUCUCCGGGCUCCGCUAUCCAAGUGAAAUUGCCGCCAUGCAGCUGUCACAUUUAUCGCCAGGGGUUUCAUUCGGUGGGUUAGUCUCACCCUCGGCACAACAUGAAAGAGAGAAGUUGUUGCUGGACCAGCAGCGAGAUCGAGACAGACGAGCUGAGGAGGCCAAGCAAGAGGCUGCCGCCCAGAAGGAGAAGCAGCAACAGCAGCGCGAGACGGAGCGUGAGAACCAUGAGAGAGCGAUGAUGGCACGGAGUCAAGAGGAUAAACGCAGCUCUCCCAGAGACGGUCCUCACCAGCGACCUCCCCAUGCUCACCACCAUCAUCAUCAUCACCAUCACCACCAGCAGCUAACUCACCCCUCCUCCCAGCAACAUCAGCAUCACCCAGGAGCCCAGAGGGGUCCGACCUCGUCAUCCAGCCACCGUGACGACCAAGGACCGAUCUCACUCGUCAAAAAGGCCGAAAGUGAUGACAGAUGGCAUUCCAAACACUCUAAAGACAACGCCAACAAUGAUGGGCAGUACAGACACGGCAGGAAUUCACAGGCAAUGUCGCAUGAAAACCACAUCGCUCACUUGUCGGAGAAGGAGCGUAAAACCUCCUUACACCAAGAGAGGGAGCUGUUGCUACAACAGGAUAGAAACAUUGCCGAGAGGCAUGAAAAGGAGCGCAGUCUCAUAAGAGAACAGCGUAACCAGAUCAGUAGAGGGGACCAUCACCAUAGCAACAGACCACCCCCUCUAGUGUCCCCGGUACGACCAACUCAGGAGGACAUUUACCGCCAUAAACUUUUUAACAACCAUCGGCCUGUGAGCCAGGACCAUGCCAUUCCGUCGCAAUACGAAUACGAGCGACUCAACAAUGUGGACAGGAUAUUACUGAACGAUACUAAAUCGUCGGGGUCACAGCCCUCUGCUCCGGCGCCAACGGCAGCGAAAACAUCCAGCACAGCUGACAAAGCUUGGUAUGAGCAGCAGCGCGCCAUCAUGAGUAACCGUGUACAGAGUCCGCAUGCCAACAGCAACCACACGAGGGAGUUUAACCGCGAGGCGCGUAUCCUCACCAACAGCCACGGACCCCCGGCUCCUGCUGCCCCCAGCAAAGCGCUGCAUCUGAGUCAGUACGACUACGAUCGGCCGCACGCUGAGUCAAACUAUCACCAUCUGCAGGAGUUUUUCCGUAACCAGCAGGUGCAUGAGUUGCACAACCACAGCGGGGACCAACCAAGGGUGCAAUUAAACGAAACCGGGGAACCAGUGGUUUCAAAACUGGACCUAGAGGGCCGGAAGAGGAUUGAGACUCGAGCGAAUGGUAUUUACAUCUCCAGUGAGAGUGAGACGGAUAGUGAAGAAGAGACUGUCAUCAAGAGAGAACGAUAUCGUAAGAGAAUGCAUCGAAUCGUCAACAAGUCUUGUCUGACGUUGGACAAGUCGGAGAAGAAGACCAACUUUUUUGAGGUCAUGGGACUGGUGACCCACGGGAAGAAAGAAGAAUUAAAUAACGAGAAGAGACGGAAGCGGCGGAUUUGGCUGAAGGAGGAUCAGCCACCGUCCAAGAUUAGCAGACCGGCAUCUGAACCUUCAAGUCUGCUGCCCCCACAGGCCAAUCUCAGCCAGGAGGACUUCCAACGAGAGCUGGACUAUCCGCAUAAAUGUAGAUUUCUACGUGGCCUUGGGCUAGACGUGGUCGGACGGGAUAAGAGGAAAGAGAUCGAGAAGGCAAGAGUUUCUGUUGAGGGUAAUAGAAUCAGACGGGCCAAGAGACUUGAAGCGGCUCGUAAAAUCAUCAAAGGAGAUUCUGAGACAGCGGUGGCUGGGUCGGAGACGGCAGAAACGCCAGCAGCUUCUCAAAACUCAGGUAAUGACUUGAAAGUAGAAAACUUGGAAGCUAACCAAUGCAAGUCAGCUGUGGGAGAGACUUUCCCAAAUCAUUUGGCCGCAUCAUCUCCAGGACAACAACAAUCCCAUGUACAAAAUGACAGGACAUUAUCCAGUAGCGGGAGCAUUCUGCCUCGGCAAACAUCCCCGGAGAAAAUGGUACCACCCUCUAAGGGUAGGCCUAUAUGUGACAAGGACAUCAAACAGGAACCGCUCACUGUGAAUGAGAGGGGAAACCUGCCCCACUGUAAGAGUACCUCGGAAUCACAGGGUGGUGGGAUCUUGCCCUAUUCGGCAGCUGCCCUGCUUUCGUCGCGUGUAGGCAAACCGUCCCAGUUUGAAGGGUUUGCCCAAGAGUUUCAUCAGUCUGUCUUGCGGACGACGCAGGAGUCUAUGGCCCACCAACGAGUCGGCACCAGCUCGCAGAACAACUCUGCUCAGACGGAGACGACACGACGCGACAGGCUUGUUAGCCUGACAAACAAUGAGGGCGCUGUUCCUCGAAGUAAUGCUGCAGUGUGCUCUAAGGGACAAUUCCAAUGGCCAGGGGUAGAGACCGUGAUGGAUUCUUUUCAGAGAUACACUAGAGAGCAAGAACUAGAGAAGAGUGUGUUACUAGAUCAGCAAGGAAGACUGAGGUUAUGCAAUGGAGAGUUAAGCAGUACAGCUGAUCAGCUCAGACUCAAGAUGGCUGACAUGAUGGAGAGGAAACACACGAUGCAACGUGAACAAGAGGCGUACCUCAGGGAUCUUCACCAUCUACAGAAAUACAUACACAACAUGAGAAAGUAACACUUAUCCAUGGUACGGGGCCAUCAUCAUAGCAAGCACACACUACAAAAGAAAAUGCAAACUUAAAAAAAAAAAAAUUAUUUAUAAUCACGGGGCCAUUUUGAAAAUGACUGUAAAUAUUUGAUAAGUCUUUUAUGAACUAUUUGUCCAGUUUUCUUUUAUCUGUUUUUGAUUUAUUUAUUGUUAUUCGUGGAAUAACAUUAAAUUAUGACGCUGUGCAUAGGUUGUGUUUGUAUUGAUUUAUACUUGUUAAAUUUGACAUUUGGAGUUUUUGUUUUGUUUUUGUUAAUUUCAUUUUUUUUUUUAUAGACAUGUCCACGCAACAAGCGACUAACAGUACUCUGUAUAAUUUAGGAUACACCCAUAAUUGUUGCCACUUUCUAGGGUUGUAACCUGAUUUUAAAGAUUUUGAGGUCAGAAUUUUGUGUACAUUUUCCUUUUUUGUUUGUUUUCAACAUAAAAAAACUUUGGUAUUUUAUUGGAGGAAGAAGUGCAAUUUGGGGAUCUAUAUAUUCAACCCUAUAAUUAAUUUAAAAUGCAAGUUGACUUGAAAUCAUGUGUUGAAAAUAAUGUUAUGCAGUGUCGUGUUGCUUUACACACACACA